ACAUGUCUUCGGCUCACCUCAUCGCUCUCUGUUUCUCUCUCCCGUCUUUUCCACGCUCUCUCUCUCUCUACCCUUCUACAAACCCGCGUUCUGAUUGUUUUUGUGCGACGCAGAAUUGCUGCAACGUCUUUUCUGCCCUUUUAGCAUCUAAUCUGAUACAAAUCAAAUUGCUCUUUUUUUUCUUUAUCUGUUUCUUUGUCGCUUGUAUUGAUAAUUAAAUAAGUCUUGUAUAUCAUUAUUAAUUGGGAGUUGAAUGAGUGACCUGGUUAGGGCUUAAGGGGUUCUCCUAAACAAUCUCGAUUCGGAUUCUUGAAAUUUGUUCUUGGAAAUCCGACUUGUUUUUAUUUUGCAGCUGCAAUUACAGCCGAUUUUGAGAUUUGUUUGUAAUUUGAAGUGGGUUCGGCCUGAUUCAGGGCGUGGUGGCUUGAAACAGUGAAUAUGGUUUCUGGACUCAAGCUGAUUGUUUAUGCUGGUUUGAAGUUUUUGGAAAUCAUUUUUCUGGCGUGAAACUCGAGCGAUCAGAUAGCAUGAUGGGCAUUAAGGAUUGGUUUUUGUCUCAGCUUGUAUCCAAGUCAGUGGUUUCGUCAAGUCCAUUGUCAGCCAGUGAUAGGUUUUUCAGAGAGGAACAUUUGAAUGAAGAGUUCAGCAACCAAGCAGUUUAUGUUUCUUUUGGCUGGUUGAUCAGAGAUCGCGAGGUAGGAGAGGGAAUGGGGUUUGUGUUGCUUCAGAUCCUUCUUGCAUCUUUUGUUUUCUUCAGCUUUGUCUAUGGUGGGAGUGCCGGUGUCACAAGCACUUUUGUUCGUACGGAGUGGCCAUCUAUUGACAUUCCUCUUGAUAAUGAAGCAUUUGUAGUCCCGAAGGGUCAUAAUGCGCCUCAGCAAGUGCACAUCACACAAGGUGACUAUGAUGGAAAGGCCAUUAUAAUCUCAUGGGUAACAGCUGAAACAUUGGGGUCCAACAUAGUACAAUAUGGAACAUCAGAGAAAAAGUACACAUUAACUGCAGAGGGAACAGUGACUAAUUACACUUUCUACAACUACAGCUCUGGCUACAUUCAUCACUGUCUUGUUGAUGGCCUUGAGUACGACACCAAGUACUUUUACAAGAUUGGAGAUGGUGAUUCUUCUCGAGAGUUUUGGUUUCACACACCCCCAAAGAUCAGUCCUGAUGCUCCUUACACAUUUGGCAUUAUAGGUGAUUUGGGUCAAACCUAUAAUUCUCUUUCCACAAUUGAACAUUACUUGGGGAGUGCUGGACAGGCAGUCUUGUUUGUUGGAGAUCUUUCAUAUGCUGACAGGUAUGAGUAUCAUGAUGUUGGUGUUCGCUGGGAUACAUGGGGCCGUUUUGUUGAAAGAAGUACAGCCUAUCAGCCAUGGAUCUGGUCAGCUGGGAAUCAUGAAAUAGAGUACAUGCCUUAUAUGAAUGAAGUUGUUCCUUUCAAGUCAUUUCUCCAAAGAUACCCAACACCACAUGCAGCCUCAAAAAGCACAGGUCCUCUUUGGUAUGCCAUCAGACGUGCAUCUGCUCAUAUCAUUGUGUUAUCCAGCUAUUCUCCAUUUGUAAAAUACACUCCUCAAUGGGUGUGGCUCGGUGAGGAAUUAAAAAGAGUCGACAGGGAGAAGACACCUUGGCUCAUUGUAAUUAUGCAUGUCCCGAUCUACAGUAGCAAUGAAGCGCACUUCAUGGAAGGUGAAAGCAUGAGGGUGGUCUUUGAGAGUUGGUUUGUGCAUUACAAAGUUGAUGUGGUAUUUGCAGGCCAUGUCCAUGCUUACGAAAGAUCAUACCGGAUUUCCAACAUUCACUAUAAUGUUUCAAGUGGGGAUCGGUAUCCUAUACCUGAUAAAUCAGCUCCUGUUUAUAUAACUGUUGGAGAUGGAGGAAAUCAAGAAGGCCUUGCUGGAAGGUUUAGAGACCCACAACCGGAUUAUUCUGCAUUCAGGGAAGCCAGUUAUGGGCAUUCUACAUUAGAGAUAAAGAAUAGAACACAUGCGUUCUAUCACUGGAAUCGUAAUGAAGAUGGAAAAAAAGUGCCAACGGACUCUUUCAUACUUCACAAUCAGUAUUGGGGAACAAGCCGGCGCCGGAGAAAGCUCAAUAAGAAUCAUCUCCACACAGUCAUUCAACAAGUUCCUUUAACUAAUGCAUUUUGAGAAGUCGGCUCCAACGCAUUCGAACUUCAGCAAGAAAUUAAGUUGCUGCAUGUGUAUGUGUUUGUGGGUUGCAAUUAUUUAACUGUAUCAAGUAGUUUACAGGCGACCUCUUGAGUGCAACCUCGCAGGCCAUUUCAUUGUUUUCGGACACUCGUCCCAAAAAGAAACAUGUGUCGGUGAUCGCAGUCGCCUGAAAUGUGAGCAUUUUGUCCUUGAUGUAUAACACGAAGUCGAAUAUGCACAUUGCUUCUUGCUACUGCUUUGCUAUAAAACCACGUAGCUGUUGGUUA